AUUUUUAUCAUCAACUCGAUUGCAAUAAUAUCGAGAUAAGAAAUAUUCCGCCUUCUCUUUCGUUCAUUACCAACUCGUCUCUUUUGCCUUUUUGUCUUUCAUCCAUGCGAUGCUAGCCAAUUCAUGCCGUGGCCUUUGCGCCACUAUAGCCGUCCUCCCAGCGGGACCCCGCUCCGCUCGUAGUCUUCCGCAGCCAACACACACCUUCUACCGCCAAAGAAUACAACACAGCUACCUCCUCCCCCUUCUCAGCAACAAUGGAGCCGACAUUGCCCAUUUCUCUAGUACACCGGGCCGCCCGAAACCACCUCCUACCACCUCCACCUCCACCACAGCUACCACCACCGUCCAACCUGUCACCAUAACCUCCCCCCUAAACCCCCCAUUAUCCACCCUCCCAGCCCCCCUUUCCCUCCCCGAAAAAGACCCCAGCGCCAACAAGGCAAAAUACUACUUCGCGCUCGGCAAAGCCUACCUCUCCUUCUACAAAACCGGCCUUAAAAACGUUUACUAUAACUACCGCGCCGCCCUCCCGCUCCGCAGCCGCCUAGGCCUCUCGCUACUCCUCCCCACCUCCCCUCCCCCGACCGUCUACGCCGUCAAACACAUCAACAACGCCACCAUGCUGCGCAUGUACGCGAAGAAAGUUUCUCGCAGCGAGUUCCAGCUCAUCCGCCGCGCGGCGUACGACGUGCGCCGCAUGAUUCCGUUCUCACUCAUCUUGCUGCUGUGCGGGGAGAUGACGCCGUUUGUCGUGCUGGCGCUGGGCAGCGUGGUUACGCCGUUUACGUGUCGGGUGCCGCGGCAGGUGGAGAAGGAGCGGGUUAAGGCGUGUUUGCGGAAGGAGAAGGCUGUGAGGGCGGCGGAGGUGGAUGGGGCUGCCGCUGCUGCUGCUGCUGCUGCUGCCAAUGGUGCGAAUGGCAUUGAUACUGUAAAAGCGACUGCCAUUGCGAAUCUAGAUGUGCUACUUAAUGCCACGGCGAUACCGCAUACGGUGGAUAUUAACGGGCUGAUUAACCAUGCGUCGACGGCGGGUGUUUUGAGGGCGUGUGCGGUUUUCAGGCUAAGUCGGGGCCAUGAGGUGACUGGUAGUUCUUUUUUGCCUGGGUUUCUCGUGGCAGAGAUUGUUAAUCAGAUCUAUCGGCCGAGGUUGAGGAAGUGGAUGAGAUAUCUUGAGGUGGAUGAUUGGUUGAUUGUGAAGAAUGGAGGGGUUGAGGGAAUGAGUUCGGAGGAGGUUAGGAUUGCCGUGGAGGAGAGGGGUGGGGUGGAUGUUUCGGUUGGGUUGAAGGAAGGUGAGGCGGAGGCGGCAGAGCGGAGAUGGUUGGAAAAUUGGGUACAGGGGAGAGGCGGGGAGAAGAUGGUUGAGAGGUGGGAUGUGGAGUUGACUGAGUGAUUGAAGUGAACAUGUAAGAGAGUUGGUCGAUGGGGUGGAAACUGUAUAUUAGAUUAAAGAUUUCUAACUGGGUUUGGUUUGCCUUUUUUGCUCAUCUUGUUGCUUUCCUUGGAGCCUUUGUGUUGUUCUGCGAUGUUAGGAUAUUUGCGCAUGUAUAGAUAGAUCAUAGACCCCUGGCCCCCCUAUAUUCAAUCGACCGAAAUAUCCAUACUAGAUGCUCAGAUUUCAGGGGCGAUAUGUUGGUACGUCAUGCAGGGCUACGAAGAGGGAAGAAGAGGAUACCGCUUCAGAGAUGCCGAUAUACAUGACCCUAUUACUAGAAAAGCUUCAUGCGCACUCUUAGGAGUGUUGAAUAAGGUGGGUGGGAGAAAUUUAGAUGGAAACAGUGAGGAUGAAACUAAAGCAUUAGAAGGAAGUGGGCGCUAGCUGUAAUGAGACAUUGGUAUUAAAGAUUCUAACUACUACUUCUAUACAGCUUGGUGUAUCUUUCAAUUAAAUGAGCUAUGUUCGAG